AUGCAGUGGGCCUACUUCGUUAACCCUGACCAACAAGAUAAUGUGCCGGGCACGAAUUAUUCCAGCUUCGACCCGACCCUUUUGAAAACCCGCACCCCAAGUUAUAUAAACACGACAACCUACAUGUCUCUAUCCGGGGGCCCAUCGGUGCCUGUUCAUAUUUACGGUUCUCCUGGGACAUUCACAGUUACCUACAUUGCCCUUAACCAGCGCGGUUAUAUCUACGCUGUCGAAGGCGGCAACUAUACCUUCACCUCCCACCAUUCCGAUGACCUUUUACUCUAUUGGAUAGGUCCAAAAGCAUAUUCCGGGUGGACCAGGUCGAAUGCGGAUCUAGAGGACGCAGCUUUCAGCCCAACGUCAGGACAGCUCAUAUCAUUCACCAAGGAACUGCAACGCGGACAGUAUUAUGCGCUCCGCAUUAUAUAUGCUAAUGCCCAGACAGGGGCUACUGAAGCUAUCAGUGUGACAGCGCCGGAUGGGACGGUCAUUUUAGGCCCGAACAGUGUUCCCAAUCCGUACAUCAUUCAGUAUUCGUGCAAUGAGGCGGAAGCCCCUGCCUACCCGCCCUUUGGACAGGAGACGUGA